AGCAGAAGACGCAGGUUUGGACCAGCACGACCGACGGCAUCGACGCACAACUUUCCACGACACGAGCGAGCAGCAGCAGCAGCGACGAAACCGAACCGUCGCGGCGAUGCGGUUCCUCACGAUGCAGCGGCCGCUGCUGACGGCUGCGGCAUCCGCGGCGUCGUCGGCCUCGCGCCUCGGGCUGGGCGGCCUCGCGGUGGCGGUGGCCGGCGCGCAGCUGAUGGGCGGCGUGCUGGCCCAGGGACGGAGGAACGCCUCGGUCAAGGCGCAGGGAGCGUACAAGAAGAAGAGCAAGAGGGGGAUUCCCAACAAGCUGGGCGCGAAGCGGACGGGCGACCAGUUCGUCAUCCCUGGAAACAUCAUCUACAAGCAGCGCGGCACGCACUGGUGGCCCGGCGAGAAUUGCAUCAUGGGCCGCGACCACACGAUCCACGCCAUGGCGACGGGCUACGUCAAGUACUACCGCGAUCCGGCGCGGCACCCGGACCGCAAGUAUAUUGGCGUCGUCUUCGACAAGGCCGACACGCUGCCGUACCCGGCGCACGCGGAGCGCCGGCGCAGGCUGGGCAUGACGGCGCACGCGAUCCGCGCGGUCGAAGAGCGGCCCGCGCUGUCGCCGUCGGGGAUCCCCUACGAGGUUCGUCGUGUGGGCGAGAAGAGCAGCGAUGCGGCGGAUGCUGCCGCCGCCGUUGGGGUUAAGAGCAAGGGCAGGGGCAAGGCGCGUCAACAGGGCGAACCGGAGCGGCUGCUGCGGCUGCGCGCCGACUACAGCUACCGCGAGGACAACUGGCGGAUCGGGCGGCUUGUGCAGACGACGGGCCUGCGGACGACGCGGUUCCGGACGCGCAAGCAGUUUUUCCGGCACAGGCGGUGGAGGCGCGAGCGCGAGCUUGAGGGCCAGCGCAAGGCGGCGGCGCGGCGGGCCGAGGCGGGUGACGGCGACGUCGUCAAGGCGCCCAAGGCGAUGAGCAAGAAGGCGGCCAAGAAGGCAGCCAAGAAGGCGACCAAGAAGAAGUGAGGGCCAGUCCAGUGGAGCAUUAAGCGGGAGAGCGAGCACCUCGCUUGGCUACCUACCAGCUGAGCGGUCUGGGCGAUGUCGCGGCGGUUGCGGUUGUUGGUGCUGCAGGCAUGUAUGAUAAGACGGGAUGUAGGCAUUAUUGCAUGGCAUUUUGAGCAUGUGAGCCAUGGAGUGUACGCCUGCCCAUGCCCUCGUGCCUGAGCUGGCUGGCGUGAGGUAGUUAUCGUGCGGACUGUCUUCUCCGGCACGGAUUCUCUGCGGGACGACAACUCCCGUCGCUGUGCGGGUGGGGGCCGUCUCCUACCUAUUGCAUCCCCGGAGCCCACCAACCUAACUUAGUACAGUAUAUACUGUACACAGAAG